CUUGGGAUUCUGAGACAAAUCCUUGACGAGAGAGGAAGGCACCGCACAGCAUCGCUUGGUGUCCGAGGAUAAAGAACAACAAAGCCGACGACCGUUUUACAACUCUAUAGUUGCGAGAAUUGCUAAAAGAGCUCUGUGGCCAUGUACGAUGGGGCGAGGUUGCCUUCCCCCCAGGACAGUGCCAACGGUGUUCCCCAGCCUGCAGGGCCCGUGGCAGGGCCAGGGCCGGGCCCAGGGGCCGUGGCCGACGGGUCAGCAUCGGUGCCCGCUGUGCGUCCCAAGGUGGAAGAGGCGGAGCCUGAGGAGGAAGAGGAGGAGCCUCUCCCAGAGCCAGUCCUGGUGAAGAAGGCCCACAGAGAGAUCCUGGACCACGAGAGGAAGAGGAGAGUGGAGCUCAAGUGUAUGGAGCUGCAGGAGAUGAUGGAGGAGCAGGGGUACUUGGAGGAGGAGAUCAGACAGAAGGUGAGCACCUUCAGACAGAUGCUGAUGGAGAAGGAAGGAGUGAUCACCAGAGAGGGCUCUCACACACGCCCACCGGUGGCUCAGCUGCCGUACGGUGAGCAUGGUGAUGGCCAGGUGGAAGACCCUGCCCCUGGUGGAUGGCUACCAGGAAGACUAUAUGAGACAGAACCCAAGAGGAAAUCCAGCAGCUCUCCAUCUCCUCGUCCCAAGAAGAGGAAGAAGAAGAAGUCUGGCCGGAGGAGGAGUCGGUUUGACAGCUCUUCCCCCUCCCGCAGAGACAAGAAGAAGAAGAGCGGGAAGAAACACAAGCGAGACAGGUCUGCUUCUGGCUCCAGAAGAAAGAGGAGACACAGAUCGGGCAGCCCGAAGAACAAACAUAAAAACAAGAACAAGCAGAGAAAGCGGUCCCCUGCAGACUCCCCCAGCAGGAGGUCCCAGCGUAGAGGCAGCUGCUGCAGCUCCCGCAGCGCAUCCCUCUCCUCCACGGGGAGCCCCUCCAAGUCCCCCGCCAGGACUCCAUACUCCAAGCACAAGACAGAGGUCCACAAAGCCUCCAGCCCGUCCCCGUCCCCCGGCCCCGACGGCCCCGUCACGUGGCACAACGGGCACCACGGCGAACGCAGCCGCAACGGCAAGGCCGGCAGGCUCAACCCCGCCGAGGGCGACAAAGGGCAAGAUAAGCUCAGAUCCCUGACUGCUGGUUCUGCACUGCUGUCGCCACUGAGGGAUCACAAGGCCCACAGCGCCCCCUACAGGAGCCCAGGAGCACAUGUAGGCCAGAGCCAGGCUGGGGAGGCUGUGUGCGGAGCGGGCAGGCCGGUGGGCAGGCCGGCGGGCAGGGGGAGGUCCACGUCGCAAGCGUCAGGGAGGAAAGGCACUCGGCAGAAAGCUCAGACAAAGAGCUCGCGUUCUCCCGCGCACAGCAGUGACUCAGCACACUCGCAACGCAACCAGCCCCACAGAGGGAGGAGCUCUCACCACAGGAAGACUAAAGGAGGCCACUCGUCCAAGCGGCACCACCGCGCCCGGGGGCAGGGCCACCACCGGAGCCCCUCGGCCUCGCCGGGCCGCCACCGCCACGCGUCCGACAGGAAGAAGAGCGAGUCGCGAGGCGGGCUGAGCCUCCGGCAGCGCAGCAGCUCGUGGAGCAGCGGGCGCUCGUCCUCACGCUCGCCGUCCAGAGACAGAGGCCCCAGCAAGGCCAAGUCCCCCCACGCAAGGGAGAGAGACAGCCCUCACCACUCUGACGAGGACAGCCGCGCCCGGAGACGUUCCCGCAGCUACUCGCCCAUCCGGAAGAGGAGACGAGACUCCCCCAGCUUUAUGGAGGCUCGCAGGAUCACUAGCGCCCGGAAGCGGCCCAUCCCGUACUACCGGCCCAGCCCCUCCUCCUCCAGCUCGGCCAGCAGCCCCUCCCCCUCCAGCCGGAGCCGCAGCUACGACAGCUACAGCAGCUACAGCCGGAGGAGCAGCCGCAGCCGCUCGCGGAGCCCCAGCCGCAACCACAGCUACUACAGCCGCAGCAGCUACGACAGCCCCGGCUUCUGAGGGCGCCCGGAGAGA